CGAAGAAGAACCCUUGCCCCGCCCGUGGAGCCUUCCAGAAGUCGCCGGCUAACCUGUGCGGCUUGCAGAUCAGCUGCGUUUCAAAUUACCUUUAAUAAAGAAUUUUUUUUAAUUCGUUCAGCUCCCACUGUGUGUCCUGAUUCUUCGCUCAACAUGUCCACUUUGGGCACAUUGGCUUUUGAUGAAUAUGGGAGGCCCUUUAUCAUCAUCAAGGACCAAGACAAGAAGACGCGGCUAUCGGGCAUUGAUGCACUGAAGUCUCAUAUCAUGGCAGCGAAAGCAGUGGCUUCAACGCUGAGAACAUCUUUGGGACCAAAUGGUCUUGACAAGAUGAUGGUUGACAGGGAUGGAGAGGUAACUGUCACUAACGAUGGAGCCACUAUUCUCAGCAUGAUGGAUGUGGACCAUCAAAUUGCCAAGCUCAUGGUGGAGCUGUCGAAGUCCCAAGAUGAUGAGAUCGGCGAUGGAACCACAGGCGUUGUUGCAUCAACCGGUGCCACAGACAGAUGGCAGAGAUCGCAGUGAAUGCCAUCCUCACUGUGGCUGACAUGGACAGGAAGGAUGUGGACUUUGAGCUCAUCAAGGUGGAGGGCAAAGUGGGAGGGAAGCUGGAGGACACACAGCUCAUCAAAGGAGUCAUCGUUGACAAGGAGUUCAGCCACCCUCAGAUGCCAAAGGUCCUUAAGGAUGCUAAACUGGCUAUUCUAACCUGCCCGUUUGAGCCCCCUAAACCCAAGACCAAGCAUAAGUUGGAUGUGACCUCAGUUGAGGACUACAAAGCCCUCCAGAAAUACGAAAAAGAAAAGUUUGAGGAGAUGAUCCAGCAGGUCAAAAGCACCGGUGCUAACUUGGCCAUCUGCCAGUGGGGCUUUGAUGAUGAGGCAAACCACCUUCUGCUGCAGAAUGAGCUGCCUGCCAUUCGCUGGGUUGGAGGGCCUGAAAUUGAGUUGAUAGCCAUAGCCACAGGAGGCCGAAUCGUGCCGAGGUUCUGUGAGCUCACAACAGAGAAGCUUGGCACGGCUGGCGUGGUGAAGGAGAUCUCAUUUGGUACAACCAAAGAUCGUAUGUUGGUUAUUCAGGAGUGCAAGAACACCAGGGCUGUGACCAUUUUCAUCCGUGGGGGUAACAAAAUGAUCAUCGAAGAGGCUAAGCGCGCUCUCCAUGAUGCUCUGUGCGUAAUUCGUAAUCUGGUCAGAGACAACCGUGUUGUGUACGGAGGCGGAGCCUCRGAGAUUGCGUGCGCCCUGGCUGUGAACCAGGCUGCAGAUAAGUGUCCAUCAUUGGAGCAGUACGCCAUGAGGGCGUUUGCRGACGCUCUAGAGGUCAUCCCCAUGGCACUGGCUGAGAACAGCGGGCUGAACCCCAUCCAGACCAUGACAGAGGUCCGAGCCAAACAAGUCAGAGAGAACAACCCCUUCCUUGGCAUUGACUGUCUACAGAAAAACACCAACGACAUGAAGCAGCAACAUGUGAUCGAAACCCUGAUUGGCAAGAAACAGCAGAUCCUGCUGGCUACCCAGGUGGUCAAAAUGAUCCUCAAGAUAGAUGACAUCCGAAACCCAGGAGAGAGCGAGGACUGAAGAGCGCCCCCUGCUGCUGCCUGAACCCCUAAGCUGCUCUAGAGGGCUUUGGCCUCCUGCUCCAUGUCCAAACCGCACUGCGUAAUGCUAUUUAUCAUUUGAUACAAACAUGUACAAGUUCUGUUAGUAGCAAAGUCAUCAAUAAAACGUUGGUCAGCUGAA